CUCCGACUCGUCUGUUCGCCGGCCCCGAGAUUCCCGGGACAUGAGCCGAAAGAGGCAGAGUCUGGUCCCUGAGGCCUUUGGACUGAAGAGGCGGCGGGGACCGGGGCACGUCGAAGCAGAUCCUUUGAGGGGCGAGUCAGGGUCGGCGCGGGCGGCAGUGGCGGAGCUGAUGCGGCUGUUUCCCCGAGGCCUGUUCGAGGAUGCGCUGCCGCCCAUCGUGCUGCGGAGCCAGGUGUACAGCCUCCUUCCCGACCGGACCGUCGCCGACCGGCAGCUGAAGGAACUUCAGGAGCAGGGGGAGAUCAGAGUCAUCCAGCUUGGCUUUGACCUGGACGCGCAUGGGAUUCUCUUCACCGAGGACUACAGGACCAGAGUCCUCAAGGCCUGCGAUGGCCGCACGUAUGCUGGGGCAGUGCAGAAGUUUCUGGAUUCGGUGCUUCCAGCUUGUGGGGACCUUAGCUUCCAGCAGGACCAAAUGAUACAGACCUUUGGCUUCAGGGACCCAGAGAUUACGCAGCUGGUGAACGCUGGCGUCCUCACCGUCCGCGAUGCCGGAAGCUGGUGGUUAGCUGUGCCUGGAGCCGGGAAGUUCAUUAAGUAUUUUGUCAAAGGGCGCCAGGCGGUCCUGGGCAUGGUCCGGAAGGCCAAGUACCGGGAGCUGCUCCUCUCAGAGCUCCUGGGCCGGCGGGCGCCCGCCGCGGUGCGCCUUGGUCUCGCCUACCACGUGCACGACCUCAUCGGCGCCCAGAUGGUGGACUGUGUCUCCACCACUUCCGGAACCCUCCUCCGCCUGCCAGAGACAUGACGACCACACUUGUCAUUGCCUGCCAGCCCGAAGGGGGCCGAGAAGCACCCAGGAGGGCCGCCCUAUGGUGGCCGAGACCCGUCACCUUGGGAAGGCUCGGGAGCCGGGAGCGUUGGGCUUGUCUGGGUGCUGUUUGCCUGGGCUCCCACCCAGUGCUGGGGUGUGGGCAGUGCUCUUCCACCUUCUGGGGAAGUGAGCCAGAGACCAGGCCUAGGCCCGGGCCGCUGCCUUCGAGGCAACAAGAUGCUGCAGCUACUGUCUUGGGGUAGGACGCGGGGCUUCAGGUGGGCUGGUGCCGGAGGGGCAGGAAGACCGGGUUUUCUUCCCCACAUGUUGGGUGGAAACUGCCAAAUAAAGUACUUCUGCCUGUG